AUGAAAGAAAGGAGUAAGGGAUUUAUGAUGGAGGAAAUUAAGAGAAUAGACGAGCAGCUUCAAAGGAGUCUAAGCCUACGGAGCAUGCAGAAGCAGCAGAACCUUGACGAUAAAGGCAUGCAGAACCUUGAGGAUAAAGAAAAGAAGAAAGUGAGAUUUACAGAAAAACAAGACUGGGAAAUCGAUCCCUCUAAGCUUAUCAUAAAACAAGUUAUUGCUCCUGGUGCCUUUGGUACUGUUCAUAGAGGCAUCUAUGAUGGCCAAGACGUUGCUGUUAAAGUCCUGGAAGAACAAAGAGCAAAAGGUGAUAUAGCUUCACUUAGGAUUGCUUUUACACGGGAGGUUUCUAUUUGGCCUAAGCUUGAUCAUCCUAAUAUUGCUAAGUGCCUUGGAGCUACAUUGGGCACAUCAGGCUUAAAAAUCCAUACACAUAACACGCAAAUUGACAUGCAAAGUGAUGCUGCUACUACUGCUAGUGUUAUUAUUGAGUAUCUUCCUUGUGGUACUCUAAAAUCUUACCUAAGAAAGAAUCGGAAAAGGAAGCUGGCUUUCAAAACUGUAGUACGAAUGGCAUUAGAUCUUGCAAGAGGGAUGAGUUACCUUCAUUCUCGGAAGAUUGUUCACAGAGACAUAAAGACAGAAAACUUGCUUCUUGACAAAAAUCACACUCUUAAGAUAAUUGACUUUGAUGUUGCUUGUCUUGAGGCUUCAAAUCCUAAUGAGAUGACUGCGAGAAUAGGGACCCUUGGCUACAUGGCUCCUGAGGUACUUGAAAGUAAACCAUAUGAUAGAAAAUGCGACGUGUACAGUUUUGGAAUAUGCUUGUGGGAGAUAUAUUGUUGCGAUGUGGCACCAUACCCUAAUGUUAUAUUAUCGGAUCGAUCUUCAACUGUUGUUUAUCAGAAUAUAAUACCAGAGAUACCCAAAUGUUGCCCAAGCUCUCUAGCAGAAAUUAUGAGGAAGUGUUGGGAUGCAAACCCCAACAAUAGACCAGAGAUGGAAGAGGUAGUAAUUAUGUUAAAAGCCAUUGACACUUCAAAGGGAAAAGGAAUGAAAACUUUGUAUGGACCACUGGGCUGUUUACUCUUCUGCAGAUGA